AAUCGAUGGAAGAAACCGUUGGGCAAUUGCGUAAGGAAGACUUGCAACGUUUAUAUGAACUUCAAAGACACAUCUAUACUCUUGCUUCACAAAUAGAGUCACUAGAACGGGAAAAAAGAAUCAAAGAAAUUACGUUGCAGCAACUGCAAGCUAGCACCCAUCACAAACCUACCGUUUAUCAAAGCGUGGGUCGUUUAUUUGUGUUGGAGGAUUAUGAUACGUUGAUAAGUAGUCUAAACAAAGAAAUGGAAAUACUUGGAGAACAAAUACGUACCAAACAAAAAUUAAAGUCUCAGUUUGAAGCCAAGUGGGAGUCUAGUCGUUUGACAUCUGUUCCAAAGACCUAAAGUUGUGUAUGUAUAUCAUAAAAGAUGACCUGUAAGAAAAGUGACCAUCCAAUAUCAUAUUUACCCAUUCUUCUUUUUUUCUUUGAAUGAAUUUAUCGUUUUGCCAACAGAAAAUGAGUCAUUUGUCUAUUUCUUGAUAUAUAAAGAAGGAUAUUUUCUUUAUUCUUUUCUUCCAUUAUCAUGUUGAAGAAAUUAUUCGAUGUUUGU